AACACAACACAACACAACACGUCUCAACACAUCCACACGAUUCACUUGAAUCCGAUUCGGUUUCUCUGGAGAUUCCAACCGUGCUCUUUUCGUGUUGCAGUUUACACAGAACAUUCUCUAGUUUGCUUCAUUCGGAUUAGGUCAUGAGAAGGAGAGAGUUGUAGAAGAAAUGCGCUCGUGGACAUUGUUGAUCUUUGUUUGUUUGGGGUUUUUUUUUUAUACCAGAUGAGGAAUAUUACGAGGAAUAUUAUCACCGGAAUUAUGGAUAUCUAUGUAUGUUUAUGGACACCUUGAGAAGAUUCGGUAUGAGUCAGCAGCGAUUCAGCAGCAACGUGCCAUGAUUACGCACACGCAUUUUGGACACAUUGCUUUUGGAGGUUAUUUUGUUUCCUCUCAUCCAGCUAUUAAAGCGCAGACCUGUGCGUCUGGGAAUCCGACAUGUUUUGAUCCGGACAACUUUUGAAGGUCUUGCUUUUUAUAUACAUACAUAUUUAUUCUUUUCCCCAGUCCACAGUUUUCUAACUUCCUCGGCGACGAUGACGGGUGAACAUUCUCCUCCUCUGCCUUAUAUAGGGAUGGAGGUAGUGAUCGCUCUCGCCUCUGUUUUAGGGAACGUGAUGGUGGUGUUGGCGGUGAAGAUAAACCGCUCGUUAAGGGACACCACCUUUUACUUCGUGGUCAGUUUAGCAUUGGCAGACAUCGCAGUCGGGGCUCUUGUCAUUCCCUUGGCCAUAACCAUCAGCACCGGACUGGAGACGCACUUUUACACCUGUCUGAUGGUCGCCUGCAUUAUGCUCGUUCUCACUCAGAGCUCCAUCCUAGCUCUCCUCGCCAUCGCCAUUGAUCGGUACCUGAGAGUCAAGAUCCCACUCAGUUACAAGCGAGUAGUGACACCGAAACGAGCUGGGUCAGCGGUGAUUGCAUGCUGGCUGGUGGCUCUCAUCGUGGGUUUAACUCCCAUGUUCGGCUGGAACAACCUGAAGAAUCUCCAAACAAACAACUCUGAGGAACCCAACCCCGUUAUCACCUGUGAGUUCGAGGAAGUUAUCAGCAUGGAGUACAUGGUCUACUUUAAUUUUUUCAGCUGGGUGCUGCCCCCGCUGGUCCUCAUGCUCGUCAUAUACGUUGAGAUUUUCUACAUGAUCCACAAGCAGCUCAAUAAGAAGCUCAAUAAGGCAGUCAGCCAAGCUGAUCCCAGCCGUUAUUAUGGAAAAGAGCUCAAACUGGCCAAAUCUCUCGCUCUGGUGCUUUUUCUCUUUGCCAUUAGUUGGUUACCGCUGCACAUCCUGAACUGCAUCACUCUGUUUUGCCCCUCUAAUCAAACUAAUAUCCUUAUCUACGUGGCUAUCUUGCUAAGCCAUGGCAACUCUGCCGUCAACCCGGUCAUAUACGCCUUUCGCAUCAAGAAAUUUCGCACGGCUUUCAUCAAGAUCUGGGCUCAGUAUGUGUGCUGCAAGAAAGUAAACCAUUUGGCCAGCAAAGCCACUCGACGGAGGGAAUGUCCAGAGAAGAAGAUGCGACGAAUUAAUGACAUUUGACUAAGCUAGAACAUCAAAAACAUCUGGCUUUGUUGAUAACUUUAGUGAAAUAACUGCGUCAGCAUCUAUCAUCCAGAUCUGAGAUCUUGUAAUGUCUUCACUCUUAUUUCCUCUUGUGAAGACAUUCAUACAAAGUGGCAUUCUGUCUGCAAAAAGUGCCAUACGCCAGCUACAGAGAUGUAUUAAAUACGGCAACUGCUUGUGUUAGUUUUAAAUGAGGUUUGAAGCUUAAAACAAAGCUUAUGACAUCAACUUGAAAGUGCUUAUAACCACAUUAGGCCUUGUGCAGGCCAAGCAAUGGACCUGUAUUGAAUCUUUUAUAAAAUGAACAGCACUGCAGCAUUACUAGUGAAGGGGAAGAAUGUACAUGUAUGUUUUAGGUGUUUUGUUUUAUGAAGGGAACAUUUAAAUCUAUAAAAUGCUUAUCAGGUCUUAGCUGUCAAAAAUAAGGCCUCAGUGAUGGUUUAUCAUUUUGAUUUCCUUGUUUUUAAAAGCAGAACUCAUCUUAUUAGCUGUGUCUGAAGUAACCACAAGAAGAUCAGUAUUAAAUUCUGAAAGCACGAUCUUCUCAAGGCUCUUACUGUAAGUGUACACCAUGAAAAGGAAGUUUGAUGCUUUCAGCAAAAGUAAAAAACAUUACUGUGCCAUAACCAGCAAGAUUUAAUCAAGUAGUAUUUUGGGCUGAAACAUACUAAUAAAGUCCUGGUAUUGUUUUUAGAAAUAAUUCUGGUACUGUGGUGCUUAACCUGCAAGGGACAGCAAUGCGACCUUUGCAAUACUUUUCUAUAUCUUGCCUAUGAUAUCAUAUGUUUUUUUGCUAAUACAGAAAAUGAUUUUCCUACCGUUAACACUUCUUUCUAAUAAUACUUUCUGAGCUGCUUCUUAACAAACAGCUUUAAUUCUACAGCAAACUCACCAAGCAGAAUGCAAAUCAUUUCUGUCGUUACACCACACUCUUUCCUUAAUCGUACAUGCAUGGCCAUCUGUGUGAACGUGUUAAGAUGUUUAUCUUAAAAUGCAGCUCUACCUAGAAAACCACAGCUUUUUAACCACAUUUUGCAAUUUGCUGAUUACAGGUUAAUGUACUGGUACUUUCCACUCUUGUCAACAGGUUUGGUUUUUUGAUUUUGAGUUAUAAAUAGGAUAAUGUCAGAAUUCUGGCAGGUCCUAAACUCUGCAAGUGUAUAGAAAUAUUCAUUCUGUUGUGUGACUUCUAUGCAUAAAAGUAAAUAAUAUUAAUAUAAUGAAUAGAUGUUCCCUGUAAUUACCCAGCAUUCAUUAAAGAUUUUAUGAAAUAUUUCUUUUUUGAAAAAGCAGCCUUGUUAAAGUGAACAUGGUAACAGUUUCUAUAUGAGUAAAUUUCACUCAUUAACAAUACUUAAUGACUACAAUAUGUGCACCUAAAUUCUGCCUUGGUGAAGAUGAAGUAACGAUUAUUCACAGUGCAAUGACGCCCCCUUCAGGAAGACCCCAAUGCAGCUGCUGCUAUUUAUUGUUCAUACUACCUUAAUAUUCAGCUAGGAAGAUGACAGUGUAAAGAAAACACACAAUUU